AUGGCCCGUCACCGUCACCGUCAACGAAAGUUGCUCCUAGCAAUGCUUCCAACAGAAGAAUGGCUCAAACACCGUGCCGAAACAAAGAAUCUCGGGACAUUCGAGGACGCCUAUUCCUCAACGCACGCCAUGGCUUGCGCCAUACGGGAUCUCAUAACGGAAGCCCAUCUCUUUGGCAUUGCAGAGUGGGUUCUCGUAUUAUAUCAAGGCAAACCGAGGCAGGCGGUAGGAUUGGCCAGUAAUAGGCCGAAAGAUAGAUGGCCAAGGUUUCUGGAUGAAGAUAUUGACCGUUUGAAGCGAAUUCUGGGCACGGAUGAUGAACCUAUGUGGUAUCCGGAGUACGACUACUAG